GCUCGCUACCUAAUCAUAGCAACAUAGCUUUUGGUCUUCUUAGUGCAGUCUUCAUGUAAGUCCAAUUCCAUCAAUGUCGUCCUGUCUGGUGUUUCUUAAAUACGGGAAACAGUGCUAAUCUCAGUGAUCAUUUUGACUACGAUGUCAUGAUUAUUUGGUCUACCUCGAUCUCGCUUGGUUGUUCAGCGAUCAAUGAUGUUCUUAUCGCUGGAACUUUGGUAUAUAUUCUCUACAAACACAGGACCGUAUCGCCAAGAACUAACCAAAUGAUCAUGAAACUCAUUGUAUUCUGCUCGCAAACGGGUCUGAUUACAACCGUGGCGGCAUCCAUCACUAUUGGAAUUUGGAUGGCUUGCCGUUUCGAGACUUACCAUCUAUAUAUGUGUAUUCCUACUGGAGGCUUAUAUGCUACAUGUCUUCUCGCCAACUUCAUCGCUCGGGAAUCCUAUCUACAGCCACAGACAGUCCACGAACUCGAGAUUUCCGAAAUCAGUUUUGGACCUUUCACGCAGGUGACUCAUGUGGGCUUGCCAGACAAUAACUCAGGGAAACAGGAAACAUUGGUGAUGCAAGAAGGAACACAAUACUCGAAAGCGUCUUCCUGUUAAGUCGAGUGGCUAUAUAUGAUAAUCCUUCACCAUCUCGCGAUCGGUGUUGUCGUAAUUUCCUAGAGUUAAAUUCAUCAUCGUACUCAGACUAUUAGAAGGAACACAUAUCAUUUCCUGAUUCUUCAC